CGCAAGAGUGCGACACCUAGGUCACAAGCUAGGAACGCAUUCGCCUCCACGAUCCACCCAUGGACGCCUCCCCGCUAACCGCGCUCGCCACGGCAAGAUACGCCGCCAUCAAAUCCCAGUAUCCUCACGAGGGUCGACGUGCAAUUCUCCUUCGCGUCGCUGACGAGUUCUGGACACUGUCGUCGGCGCAGAAGACCGCUCUCGCUCACGCUUCUCAAACCACGGGUAGCCAUGGUGCGCCCGCACCCCCAUACGCCACCGAACCGGAUCCGUUCGACGAAGUGACCACGCGAUCGGAGCCUGGCAUACUUGUCAGAACGGACUUUACCAACGAGGGCGCGUGGACCUCAUUCGUAGACCGUCUUCAACAGGCUGAGGCCGAGCUGGCAAGCGAGGCACAGAUGGUAGUCGAAGGCGAGGACGAAGCAUCCGGUGCUGCCGAAGUUGCACCUGAGGGAGCUGACGAUGCCAUGGAUGAAGACGACGAAGAAUCUUCUUCUGAAUCUGAGGCUGGCACCCAAAAUGAAGCAGGCGUGUCGAACGCAGGCGCAUCGGCGGAUGUAGCACCGCUGAUCUACGUCUUGAGCCCCGAUUCUCCCGAAACGCGGAUCGCACUCGGUGGCCUAUCCAAUCUCGGUGCACUCCGCCUACUCAGUGAUGCCAUCGUCCGCCCUGCCCCUACACGUCCUGUCGAUGCGAAGGCGCUCCCGCCCCAUCGCCUGCGCUCGCGAGACGGCUGGCAAGAGACGUACGCGGGCAAAACGCUGUGGAUCUACGAUGCCCGUUCGAACACCGACGGAUGUGCUCGACUCGUGAGCGGCAAGGCCGACCUCUGGGGAACAGCGACAGGAGAUAGCUGGCGCGCACGUGUAUCGCACAUGUGCGAACUGCAGGCGGGGCUUACGGGUGGAGGCAUGACGAUUGACUUUGGUGGGCUCGAUCGUUGGGACUAUGCCGAGCGCAUGCGGAACUUGGGCGAGGCCGAAACGCAAUAAAAUGCAUCGACCCGAGGUCGCCGCUUGUGGUUUGGACUGGCUUCCACCAGUUACCACUGGCACCUCUUGGAGACUGUCGAGUGAUUACUGUCGUGGAAGUUCCAGAGUUUAUUCGCGCAGACAUGAUGUACGUGUAUCAGACACUACAAUUGCCCUCACGUACACUUCGGAACGCGACCUCGAAUAUAAC